CAGCGACUCUUUGGUUUGCAGGCCAGUGCUCAAUCCACUGAACCAGGGCGACACUUAGACUUUUAUCUUUAUUUUAAAACUGUGGAAAUACCUGUUGUCAAGGCACAAGGAAACCACAAUUAUGGUCACACGAAAUAUUCAGAAGUUAAGUUUCCUAAGAAUGCCUUUAGCGAACAUGAGAAUGUUUCCUUUAACAAAAAUAAAGGAAAAAUUCAGAGGUUGAAAUAAAACUUUGCAUCUUAUAUCAAGUUGAGUUUUGUAAUUCGAACUUACUAUUUGGGCCACAUGAUGUCGCUCUUCACCGUGAAAUUCUCUCAUAUUAAAGACGAAACUAAGCCAUCCAUUUUCACGUUGGAAAGACCCCCCGCACUGUUACAUAGUCCGGAAACCGAACAAUGAGGAGCAAACCAGGAGACUAGAGAAGGAAUAAGAAGAUUCCUAUGCAUUUUGAGACAAGUCACGCCGACUAAAAUUACAAAACAAUAAUUUGAAAUGGUGGAUUUGAAUCCAGGCGACUCAGGGAACCGCAGUCUGCUGCUGUUGUUGAUAAUUCUCACAGCCUGGAAGCCGGGGGGCGGCCAGGUCCACUACUCGGUCCCCGAGGAGGCCAAACACGGCGCCUUCGUGGGCCGCAUCGCGCAGGACCUGGGGCUGGAGCUGACGGAGCUGGUGCCGCGCCUGUUCCGCGUGGCGUCCAAAGGCCGCGGGGACCUUCUGGAGGUAAACCUGCAGAAUGGCAUCUUGUUUGUGAAUUCUCGGAUCGACCGCGAGGAGCUGUGCGGGCGGAGCGCGGAGUGCAGCAUCCACCUGGAGGUGGUGGUGGAGCGGCCGCUGCAGGUUUUCCACGUGGAGGUGGAGGUGAAGGACAUUAACGACAACCCGCCUUUGUUCCCGAGAGCACAAAAGAAUCUGUUCAUCUCGGAAUCCAGGCCUCUUGACUUUCGGUUUCCACUGGAGGGAGCAUCCGAUGCAGAUAUCGGGGAGAACUCUUUGCUGACUUACAGGCUGAGCCCCAAUGAGUACUUCUCUCUGGAAGCCCCUUCCACAGACGAAGAGGUAAGAUCUCUUGGACUUGUGUUACGGAAACCUUUAGACAGAGAAGACGCUCCAGAGAUUUUCUUAGUGCUCACGGCCACUGAUGGCGGCAAACCUGCGCUGACUGGCUCCGUUCAGUUACACGUCACGGUGCUGGACGCCAAUGACAACGCGCCAGCUUUCGACAGGACACUCUAUGCGGUGAAAUUACCAGAAAACGUUCCCAAUGGGACAUUGGUAAUUAAACUUAAUGCCUCAGAUUUAGACGAGGACCUGAAUGGGGAUAUCCUUUACUCAUUUUUUAGUGAUGUUUCUCCAGAUGUAAAAUCUAAAUUCUAUAUAGACCCAAUUAGUGGAGAAAUUCUAGCAAUAGGACAUAUCGAUUUCGAAGAAAUUAAAGCCUACAACAUCCGAGUGGAGGCGAUUGACAGAGGCUACCUUCCACUGACUGGUCACUGUACUGUUAUUGUGGAAGUUAUGGACGCUAAUGACAAUGCUCCAGAGUUGGCUGUCACCUCUCUGUCUCUUCCUGUCUCAGAGGAUGCUCAGCCCGGCACAGUCAUAACCUUGAUAAAAGUGUCUGACCGAGAUUCUGGCGCCAACGGACAAGUGACCUGCUCUCUGACACCGAACGUUCCCUUCAAGCUGGUGUCCACUUUCAAGAACUACUAUUCACUGGUGCUGGACAGCGCCUUGGACCGAGAGAAGGUGUCUGACUACAAAUUGGUGGUGACCGCGAGGGACGGGGGCUCGCCCUCGCUGUCGGCCACCGCCAGCGUGUCCCUGGAAGUGGCAGACGUGAACGACAACGUGCCCACGUUCGCGCAGCCCGAGUACACGGUGUUCGUGAAGGAGAACAACCCGCCCGGCUGCCACAUCUUCACGGUGUCCGCGCGGGACUUGGACGCGCAGGAGAACGCGCUGGUGUCCUACUCGCUGGUGGAGUGGCGGGUGGGCGAGCGAGCGCUGUCGAGCUACGUGUCUGUGCACGCGGAGAGCGGCAAGGUGUUCGCGCUGCAGCCUCUGGACCACGAGGAGCUGGAGCUGCUGCAGUUCCAGGUGAGCGCGCGCGACGCGGGCGUGCCUCCUCUGGGCAGCAACGUGACGCUGCAGGUGUUCGUGCUGGACGAGAACGACAACGCGCCUGCGCUUUUGCUGCUGCCUGGGGUGGGCGGCGGGAGUGGCGCUGUGAGCCAGCUGGUGUCGCGGUCUGUGGGUGUGGGCCAUGUGGUGGCGAAGGUGCGCGCGGUGGACGCGGACUCUGGGUACAACGCGUGGCUGUCUUAUGAGCUGCAGCUAGCGGCGGGUGGUGCUCGAAAUCCAUUCCGUGUGGGGCUGUACACGGGCGAAAUCAGCACUACGCGCAACCUGGACGAGGUGGAUGCGCCGCGCCAGCGCCUAUUGGUGCUGGUGAAGGACCAUGGAGAGCCCGCACUGUCGGCCACGGCCACCGUGUUGCUCUCACUGGUGGACAGUGGCCAGGCGCCUGUGGCCUUCUCCAGGGCAUCAUCAGACUCCCCUAGAGCAGAGGUGGCGCUGGUGGACGUCAACGUGUACCUGAUCAUCGCCAUCUGCGCGGUGUCCAGCCUGUUGGUGCUCACACUGCUGCUGUACACCGCGCUGCGGUGCUCGGCCCCGCCCACGGAGGGCGCGUGUGGGCCGAGGAAGCCCACGCUGCUGUGCUCCAGCGCGGUGGGGAGUUGGUCACACUCUCAGCAGAGGGGACAGAGGGUGUGCUCUGGGGAGGGCCCGCCCAAGAGGGACCUCAUGGCCUUCAGCCCCAGCCUCCCUCAGGGUCCCGGCUCUGCGGACAAGGUGAGUCUAAAGAAAUUUUAUUUUCAGCAAUUUAAAAACACAUUUUAAAGGUCUUUGGUUAAAAUAUUUUUUAUAUAAUUUAUUUUAUUUUUUAAUUCAAUUGCUUUAUUUGCACUAUUCCUUUACUUUGAAUAUAGUUAUGUUAAAUAUACACUUUUGUGCAAACUUGGAUGUUAAAAUUGGUGAUUUAUAUUUGUGUUUUAUUUUUGUAUAAAAUUUUUACUAAUUGGAAUAAUGGGUUCACUUUGUGUCAUAUAGUGGAAUUCCCUAACUGAAUCUAUACAUGGCCACACUUCAUUGUGAAGUGUAUAAAUUUUUAGAGGCUAAUGAU